UGUGCCCCGAACUGCAUCAGCCUCCCUGUCACCUCGUUAUGGGGGCCAUUACGUGGUCAUCUCACCGCGCCUCUGCCACCAUCCGUCCUCAAUAAUUACGCCUCGCAACUGGCCUCAUCGAUACUACACGUCCGCAAGGUCUCGGUCACGGUGGUCGUGAACCAUGUUGCCGCAAUGGAUAUCAAGACACUCCUACUCUCCCGUACUGUCUUCUGACGAUUCCGAAGCACCCCUCAAACCAUCCAUGAAUUGGACCAACUGGCUCGCGCCGCGGAGGGUACGGACUGCCUUGGUUUUGGCUUUGCUUUUGGCUUUGGUCUUCGUUGUGUCGCGAUUCUCCACGUUGCCCGAACGCCUCCAUGGCUUCGUCCCCACGAACAACCAGACGAGCACUCCUUUCAUGCAACAAGAGCAGUGUAACUGCUCCAGUCCAGAGCCGGAGCCAGUGAACACUGCCACAGAGCCCGCAGUGCGCUGGUCUGAUUUCGCAUAUGUGCAAUAUGUGACGAACGAGAACUACCUCUGCAACUCCCUCAUGAUUCUCGAAUCGUUGCACAGGCUCGGGGCCAAAGCAGACCGAAUGAUGAUGUAUCCGGAACAUUGGCAACCCGAUAAUGGCAGCGAUGCUAGUUACCCAAACAAGCUUCUGGCGCAAGCAAAGGACCUCUACGGCACUAAACUUGUGCCAAUCAAAGUAAAGAAAGUUGAGAAUUCGGAUGACCCAACGUGGGAGGAUAGUUACACGAAGUUGCUAGCUUUCAACCAGACGCAGUACAAACGUGUGAUUUCCCUGGACUCGGACGCAACUGUUCGUCAACACAUGGACGAGCUCUUCCUCCUACCCUCCGCUCCCGUCGCUAUGCCCCGCGCUUACUGGAUGGACCAUUUCUUCCUUUCGAGCCAACUCAUCGUCAUCGAGCCGUCAGAAUUCGAGUGGAAGCGAGUUGAGGAUGCAAUGAACCACCUCGAGGGCCACGAUUACGAUAUGGAUAUACUGAACAAAAUGUACGACAAGUCGUGCCUCGUCAUACCACACCGAAGAUACGACCUGUUGACAGGGGAGUUCAAGGGGACUAGCCAUGAAAAUUAUCUGGGUUCGAAGGAGCCGUGGGAUGCGCGGAAAGCGCUCGAAGAAGCGAAGUUCGUCCAUUUCUCGGACUGGCCACUGCCGAAACCGUGGCUCAAGCCUAAGCCCGAUGUUUGGGAGAAGCACCAGCCGAAGUGUGUAGGAGAGGGAGAACAGCAGGAUUGCUCAGGUCGCGAUGUUUGGCUUCAGAUUCGGGACGACUUUUCCGAACGACGGCAGCGAAUAUGCGGACAUAAGUGGGAUAACGCGCAGAACGAACGUCGGUCGAGUGUUCCUAGAACACCACAACGUCUAAAGUACGAACCGGUAUUUUCGUAGUCGGCGUAUAUGGUAUACAUUUAGAAAAAAGAAUACCUCAAAAGACGAUAUCAUCUCCUAAUAUGUAUUCGAGAUAGCUCAGGGUCGACAAACGCGACACGGUCAAUUACCUAGGACUGUAUCAGGCUUCCAACUAGGGAAACACAAGACGGACGCAUUAUUGGCGUUUUGAUUUGGGAGAUGCGCCUUCGGAUGAAGGCAUAAUGUGAAUGAACAUGUAGUUGGGAUUGGAAUUGGGCUUCAGCUCUGGUGUCGGGGCUUCUUUUCGGGGCGUAUUGUAUGAUACCUGUUGACUCCAUCUAUCAGCAGAGACGUCAGUUGAUUACACUAGGAACAUACCCUGUUUGCAUUUGCUUG